CACACACACACACACACACACACACACACACACUGAUAGCCACGCCAUAUUUUCCAAAGUUCAGAUUAACAAAUCCCAAGGGUUGGUAAGAGCAAUUGCUGGGUGGGUAAGAGAAGCAAGAACAAUGUUAACCAGCCAGAAGAUUCUGAAGCGCACAAUGAGGUCACCGCAGCUCUAAAUCUGGCCGGAUCUACAUCGAUUACAAGCCAGGUAUAUAUGGUGAUUGUUAUCUGGUUUUAAUGGGGAAAAGGAACAAGGAGGACCGCUCGAGUUGAAGAUCAGAGCCAGCUACUUGUGAUCAGCAACAAGCUAGCACACUCUCGGUCAUACCCAUGAUUCCAUGAGAAUUCAGGAUCUCUACGAUUAAGCUUCAAUUACAGCAAGACCUGCCGAGCACGAGAUUUCUUUGUUUUUCUGCGAGGAUCCAUGAAACUAUUCUGAUGGUUUCAGAUUCAGAAUGCACAAGAUGAUCUAAGCCAUCAUUACGAGAAUUUCUGAGAUGUGCACACAGGCAGAGUGGCUUUAGCGAUGCAGUAUAUCGGAAAAUAACUGAGCUUCAAGCACAAGAAGACUAGCAUUCACCACACAGUUUUAGUGCUUCCAGAUCCUGAAGCAAGAGCGCAAGGAGUUGCUCUACCAAAUCUGGUCAGAUCUACGUCGACUACAAGCCAGGCAGGUAUGGUGGUUGUCUUCUGGUUUUGACGGGCCAACUCAAGUUGAAGACCAAAUCCAUCAUCGACAGCUUGCUAGCAGACUCCCAGUCAUACCCAAUUUUAACAUCCAAAGCACCGUAAGCUUGCUUUCUCUCCCGCUGACAGACAGAAAAGGACCCAUGGCUCCAUGAGGGUUCAGGAUCUCCACUGUUAAGCUUCAAUUACCAUCGAGAUUGUUGCAGCCAUCCAAGUGAUCGAUGUGGUCUCUUUAUUUCGAGAUUGUUGCAGUGGUCUAAGCUAUUACGAGCCAGAUACUGAAGCUCACAACGAGGAAGUCACUAUAGGUCCACAUCUGGCCAGAUCUACAUCGAUUAUAAAACAGCAGGUCUCCAUCAAUCGCUUGUCCACAUCAACCACGUCUGCUGGCACCAACUAUCAUGACUAAUUAUUGGCAAGGACCCCAAGUUGUCUAUUUAACAACAAUUUCAGUGAUUUAGAAAUCACAAGAGUUGUUAAGAGCAAUUAUUGGGUUGGUACGGGGAGCAAGAGCGGUGCUAACCAGCCAUAAGGUGUGUAUAGCAAGAGCUUCCCCUAGCAUUCCCCAAAUCUGGCCUCAUCUACAUCCAUUACAAACCAGACGAGCAGGUGUUUGUUCUUUGGUUCUGUCCAAAAAGGAACAACAAGGACAUCUCCAGCUGAAGAUUAAAUCCAGCUACUUGUCAUCAACAACAAGCUAGCAUACUCUCGGUCAUACCUGGGCUCCAUGAGAGUCCAGGAUCUGUACGAUUAAGCUUCAAUUACAACAACACCAGCCGAGCACCAGGUCUCUUUGUUUUUCUGCGACGAUCUAUGAAACUGUUCUGAUGGUAUCAGAUUCAGACCUGCACAAGCAGAUCGCCAAAAUCGAUUGGAUCUAGGCAGGUGCGUCGUCCUUCCCUAAGUUUCUGGCUAUCUUAGGUUGUACCAAGAACACUCCCUCCUGCUGUAUCUUUUGAAGUUUGCAAACCUAUUAUACUUUGUAAGUCAUGCGUUGGUAUUUCUUCCAGUACCAUAUUCACAAUAAGAUUUCUUCCUGAAAUAAGAUGAGCGUUUUAAUUUGUGACGAUGCCAAAGUCUGGAGAGCUAGCGGAUUUUAGUUGCCAUCCAUUGUUUCCUUGGAUUAACAAAAUAUCAGGAACCAGUCUAUGCUCUCGUUACAGGCGAUAUACUUAGCAUGCAUGGGAUGGCAUAUGCUCUUGCAUUGAAGAUUCACUAACGUGUGAAUUUCUAGCCUCCUAACGUCAAAUAUUCUUGUUAUCUGAAGAUCUCCUAAACUGAACAUGACUGCUGCUUUUAACUAACGUCGUGUUAGUUAUGUUAUAAUAUAUUGUUUUCUCGUAAUGACUCCUAAGAUAUUAUAGCUUUUCUUUCUUAUUAAUAUUCUUGAUUCAAUACACCAUCUUUUCUUGCAGCUUAAUCAAUAACUCUAGCUCUUUGUUUCUUCAUAUGAGAUACUGUUAGAUAGAUGUUAAGAAAAAUAUGGAAGUAAGCUAUCUGGAACUGUCACAUUAGCCAACUUUCAUGUUGGCGAGCUGGCAGGUAUGUCGGUUUGGUACCUCUUUGCCUUACUUUGUCACAUUGCCUACUUUCAUCAUGUUGGCAAGCUGGCAGGUAUGUCAGUUUGGUCCGUCGUUGCCUUGGUUACAAGUACAACUUCAACAUUUGGGGAAUUUUAACUUCAGUUGCUGGCCGAGUUUCACUCGUUCUUGUCAGUUAAUGCAUUAAGUUUGCUGUAGUUCACUAUGGACUAGUCCCGAGUUUUUAAAAUUCUCAUGGACCUGCCUGCUGUAAGUAUUGUUUUGUUUCAUUAUGUGUGUUAGAGUUAGAUAGGUUAACAUCAUGAAAUAAGAGUUUAGGACGAAUACGUUGAAAAGUUUAGCUUAUUCACUUUUCUAUUGUGGUUGGAGACUUUUAAAGUGUAUUGGCAAAUGCUAGCAGAAUACACUAAAGUUUAAUUAAUACAUUAUUUACUCCAUUCUCAGUGGUCAUCCUAAUUAUAUUGAGGAAGAAUAUACAACUGCGCCACCACCCAAAUAGUGAGACAUUAGCAGAUAUCAGAAACUAAUGGCGGAGAUUGUGAUUCUUCUAGCCAUUGAAAAGAUUGGAAUUGCCUUAACAAAUGGAGCAGCUAACCAGGCCAGUGCACUGUUUGUGAUGUACGGGAGACAACUACUGGAGUUACAGCGCAGCAUGGACCGUGUUGUGAGGGAGCUUCGUGUAAUGCAUGAUUUUCUCUGUCAAAUGGACAUUCGAAACCGCAACAAACAAGCAUAUGAGAGCUGGUUGGAGGAGGUACGGAAAGUAGCACAUCUGAUGGAGGACAUGGUGGAUGGGUAUUUGUAUCUAGUUGGUCAGGAACAUGAUAUAGGAUGUUGCUUUUACUUGAAUACAGGAUUCAAAAAACCAAGAUAUUUGCUUUCUUUGAACAGGAUAGUUUUCAAUGUGAAGGAAAUAGAGAAAGACCUUUCACACUUGUCAGAGACAAAAAACCGUUGGGUUCCCGUGAAUGAUGGUGAUACUAGCAACUCAAAUUACAUUGUCAAGAUGUCCCAAGAUCUUGCAACCAUCUCACGCUCCCUUGAUGAAGAUCUAGUGGGGGUGGAGAAAAAAAGAGAAAUACUUGAACUAUGGUUGGCAGGUGAUGAUUUGCAAUGCUCGGUGAUAGCACUACAUGGAAUGGGAGGACUUGGUAAAACUGCUUUAGCUGCAAAUGUCUACAAGAAUGAGAGAGAAAAUUUUGAAUGCCAUGCUUGGGUCUCCAUCUCUCAAACAUAUUCUAAAGAGGAUGUCUUUCAGAAAAUAGGCAAGGAACUUUCCAGGGGUAAAGCCAGUGUUCUGUCCAACACUACGGAUAUGGACAUCACAUGCCUUGAAGAGAAACUGAAGGAAUUUCUGGAGCAAAAAAAAUAUCUGAUCAUAUUAGAUGAUAUUUGGACUCCAGAAACACUUGCUGAUUUAUCCAGGGUGCUUAUUCAUAGUGGUAAGGGCAGCAGACUUAUAUUCACAACAAGGGAACACCAUGUUGCUACACUUGCUCCUCGAGGACAUAUCUUAACACUGGAAGCUUUAGCAGAGGACAAGGCAUGGGAUCUUUUUUGUAAGAAGGCUUUUCCAUGGGAUACAAAUCAUGAAUGUCCUGCAGAGUUGAAACCUUUGUCAAAGAAAAUAGUUAGUAGGUGCAAAGGCUUGCCUCUUGUUAUUGUGUUAGUUGGCAGCCUGCUGCGUGCGCGUGAGAAUACGGUGGGAGAAUGGAGAAGGAUAAAUGACCAGCUGAGUUGGGAGCUAAUUAAUACUCAGAGUCUUGGUCACGUAAGGAAUGUUUUGCAUCUGAGCUUCAUCUACCUUCCAACACACUUGAAAAGUUGUUUCCUAUACUGCAGCUUAUUCCCCGAAGACUAUCUUUUCAGAAGGAAAAAACUUGUGCGGUUAUUGAUAGCAGAGGGGUUCAUCGAGGAGAGGGGUGAAAGCACAUUAGAAGAAGUGGCAGAAGGCUAUCUAAAGGAAUUGAUUGACAGAAGCAUGCUACAACUUGUCGAGAAAAACACAUUUGGUAGGAUAAAGGGAUUCAGGAUGCAUGAUAUUUUACGUGAAUUGGCAGUUGAUUUGUGCAAGAAGAAUUGUUUUGGUGUUGCAUAUGAGGAUAAGUGCGAGCGCUCUCUUGAGUCGGAUGUGCGUCGAUUGGUACUACACAAACUAAAGGAUAAUCAUCAGCCAAUUUCUAGUAUGUACCAACUUCGUACUCUGAUUACACUGGACAAAAGCAUUCCAUCAUCGACUUUACUACCUCCAUUAUGUGAGAAGUCAAGAUAUAUGACAGUGCUAGAAUUAAGUGGUCUGGCUAUCGAGAAGAUUCCAGAUGCAAUUGGAGAUCUUUUUAAUCUCCGCCAUUUGGGUCUGCGUGGUUCAAAGGUGAAGAUGCUCCCAAGAUCCGUUGAGAAGCUUUUAAAUAUGUUGACGCUGGACCUUUGUCGAACUGACAUACACGAGUUGCCUACUGGAAUUGUGAAGUUGAAGAAGCUCAGACACUUAUUUGCUGAGAAAACAGUCGAUCCAAAUGGGAGAGAAUUUAAAUGGCGCAGUGGUGUAUGUAUUAACAGUGGUCUUGGAAAUCUAACAAACUUGCAGACGCUACAAGCAUUAGAGGCACAAGAUGAGUCUGUUAGACAUUUAGGGGAGUUGCGCCAACUGAGAAGCUUGAGGGUGUGGAAUGUGAAGGGAAUCUACUGUGGACGCAUCAGCGAUUCUCUAGUUCAUAUGCAAUACCUGUCCUACUUGGAUGUGAAUGCAAGUUCUCAGGAUGAGGUUCUCUUGUUGGAUGUCUGCCUGCCAAACCUGCAAAAACUAACUUUGAGAGGGCGCCUAGCCGAAGGGGCGUUGGAUGAGUCUCCUCUCUUCCAAGAUGUUGGGGGGCAGAACUUGCAUAGAUUGUCUCUAUCGUGGUCACAACUGAGAGAAGACCCCCUGCCAUCCCUUUCCCGGCUGUCAAAUUUGACGCAAGUACAACUUGUCAGAGCAUACAAUGGAGAGCAGCUGACAUUUCUCAUGGGGUGGUUUCCCAAGCUAAAGUUUCUCUAUCUAUGCGACCUACCUAAUCUAAAUCGGCUAGAGGUAGAAGAAGGUGCCAUGGUGAGCCUGGAAAGUUUAAUUCUAGUCAAUCUCAGCAGCAUGACGGAGGUCCCACGUGGCAUUAACUUCCUCACGUCCCUCCGGUAUCUAACCUUCCGCGAAAUCACCAAUGACUUCUUCACAUCUCUGCGCCAGUGUUCUGCAAUUCGAGGGAAGUGGCGGUAUAGUCUCCGAGAUUGACCUGCUACUCUCGUCAGGAAACGUGCAUAUACUGAUGUCACCUGCCGGAAGGAAGGAAUGAAGAUGCUUCACCAACGAGUUAAGGCGGCCUUGGAUCGAUCUCACUCAAUGCUGCUGAUCUGCUGUACACUCCGGGUUUCCUCCGCUGUUCCGGAAUGUCCAACCGUGCGUCUCAAUAUGCACACAACAGUGCUGCUGCUGUUUCAGAAUGUACUAGCUAGUGCACGUCCUCAGCUUUUGCUGCUGCUGCUACUGCCUGCGUUUACUAUUGCUACUGUGUUCGUGUGAUCAUGUGCUUGCCAGCUGUUAUUAUAAGAUGACAGUUAGCGGGAGACGGCGAGUGGGUUGUGUUUCCAUAUUCAAACUAAUUUGCGUAUUGCUAUUUCUGUGUGCUUAUUGUAAUUUGUAAGACUAAGACUGAUUCGUGUUUCCUUUUCCAGACUAUUUUCCUUUGCAUUACAUGUGUACCUAUAUUCAUGUGUGCUAUUAAA